AUGAUGUCCGUCAAGUUGCUAGCGCGGCUAGCGAUUUUUAGCCUUACUUGCUGGCUACAGAGGAUACACGCCCUACAGAACGAGUGUGACUUUAAUUUCAGUGUCAAGUUGUUAUCAAAUAUAUAUGACAAAUACAAUGGGAAGCACAUAGAAGAGCACGAAGGAAACACAGACUACUGCACCAAUUUGGAGAGUUUAAACUCGCUCAAAUCCUUCUGGCAAUUAAAAUUGAAAUCCUUAUGCACAGAAGAAACGUCCAUUUUGGAUAAACAAGUAUUUAACAACAUCUGCAGCAAAACACACAAAGUGCCCCAUGUAACGGUGAGCGGAUUAGAAGUACGCAAUGAUGUGGUUAAUAUGGAAUUUUUCUGCGCCCAUUUCUUGUAUAGUAACAACAAAGAGGUUAUAAAAUGUGUACGACAUAACGUUUUGAACAAUUACCUAGAUUCUUACCACAUAGCUUUUGAUUUAUCCGUUUCGCAAGAAUUGUUAAAGCAGUCGAACCAUGUAGAGGAAGUUUUAAAUUUGAAAAACAUAGACGGAUUGGCUCUCACCAAAAGGAUAAUAGACGAUUCCGUAUGUAGAAUACAUUCCAGUGUCCAUACCAUUAUGAAUAAGCCUGACUUUGAGUUAUUCAAAGCGUUAGUAGGGUUAUGUACAAAGCUGGGGUUCCACAAUCAUUUUAUCAUAACGGAUAAUAUCCACCCACUAACUACUCCUAUAUUUAAUGAAAUACCCUACAGUUUAAAUUCGCUCCAUUUUAAUAUACAAAAUAGUACCAUGUUUUACACAAAUUAUGAAUAUUUUGUGUAUAAUAUUAAGAUAGCCGAUAUAGAUCACAUCCUCGGUUCGUAUAUGUCUCCAUCCGCCCUGUCGAUAAGCAAACAUAACUCGUACGUAACGUGGGCAGGACUCAACAAGGACAACACUCUGUACAGGAAAAAAUUUACUGAAUUGUAUAACCUGCUAGACAACAAUAAAUAUAUCGAAAGGAUUGUUCAGUGUUAUAGUAAGUACACAUCCAAGUACUAUGGAGGUAGUAUAAAAUAUUUUCUACGAUAUAUUCCAGAGAAUAAAAGAGAUGUGAUGCAAAAUAAUCCGAAAAUUUUUGUGUACAUUAUUAAUGGCAUAUGUAAGAAUAUUCCAUCCAUUCACAAAUGUGUCGAGAAGAUUAUUUUCCUUGAUGGAAUAUACGAUUUGUACUUCAAAAACUUUAUGGUCAAUUUUAUAUACUACAAUGCGGCCUGUAUUUUUAAUUGCAAUACGGUAGACUUAGGGAAAAUGAUCAAUGAUGAACAGGUGUGGGAAAUCCUUAUGAACUAUUUUUCAAAUGCGUUUUUAGUGAAUUAUAAGAAGACCAAGAGUACUAACAUCGCGGGUUCUAAUGUCAACAAGGGUGCUGACAAGACGGACGAGUCUGCAUCGCCAGAAACGUACGAUCAACUGGCCAAGUCGUACUACACGAACUUUGACUACGAUUAUAUUCAUAGCGGUAAGUGGAAGAAGGAAAUAAAUUUGGAGGAUGAAGAAGCUAUCUUAAAGCCAUCAGAUGAAGCAGUCGAAUUCGAAUUCUACAAUUACACCUUCCAGACGCUCGACCUGAGCAGCUACGGCUUCUUCAUUCUGAAGAGCCAAAUGGAGGAGGACAAUGUGUGCAAAAUUUCCUCGUUCAUUGAGGCCAACGGGAAGAAGUACGUCCACGUGAACAGGUACAUUGCCGACUUUUUCAGUAACAACAACAAGCGGGUCCUCUCCCAUUCGGGGGGCAAGAAGGGCACCUCUGGAGGUGGACAUGGUCAUGAUAAUGGGCAUGGGCACGACGGCGGUGGGGACGAAAACAAUGGGGGCGACAGGCACGACGGGGGCGACGAAGGAUACGACAACACAGAUGGGUAUAGCGGCGGUGACGAACACGGAGAACAUGGCGAACAUGAUGAACACAGCCAACAUGACGAACACGGCGAGGGAGGCGACAGAGGGGAAGGCGGAGGGAGCGGAGAAGGAAAGGGAGAGGAAGAGCACGUGAACACCUUUAACAUGUUUGACGACUUCUUGGGAGACGACAAAGAAAGCAACAGCUUCAUGGACCUGUUCCAAAACAACCAUCUGUUCAAUAAGAACCAUAAUCUGUUUGACAGCCUCUACCAUGGAGGGGAAGAAGAUGAAGAGGGCGAGAUGUUUUCCGAUAAGGACGAAGAGCCCUUAGACAUUGAGAAGCACAAGGUCUCCAGCUCCAUGGGAGAUGUGUAUCCGCUAAAAACGGAAUACACCCUGAAAGAGCUACAAGACAUACAUGACAUUCACCCAGGAUUCAGCGAACUAGAUGGAGAAAUGAGACACCAUUUUUUUAGAAGCAAAAUAUUCGAAAAGGAUAUUUCCUUUACAGUAAAGGACGUUCCAACAAAGAUUAAAAAUUAUUACAAGUAUUAUUAUGAAAUUAAGAAGAAGUUAAAAACGUUCGACAAAUAUGAUGAGGAACAUUAUGAGAUGCUAAUUAAAAAAUCGAAAGAAGAUCCAGAUGUUUUUUCAAAAAUAGACGUUGAAUUUUCCUGCACGAGGGGUGGAAAGUGGCCAGUUCGUGGAACCACGGGUAGGUGGCUAUCAGAUGUUUUAUGCGAAGCCAAGUUGGUUCCACAGCUGGUAUACAAUAACGAAUAUGCAGAAAAGCACCACCAGCAGAACAAAAAAAAAAACGAAAUUGACCCCAAUUUGUAUACUUUAAAAGAAAACACGAGAUUAAUUGGCAUCGAAUUUGAAGACCAAGAACCGCACAGAUGUGCCAUUAGUUACCUCGGGGAUGAAAACAAAAAGACACAUUUACCAGUAUCUGCAACUUUAUUGGUGCACGCAGGUGUUGGGUUCUGUACACUACACGGUUUUAAAAUCAUUUGGCUAGCCGAUUCUGCCUUUGAUAUACACACCAACGUGUAUCUAAGAUAUACCUCCAUCCUGGAACAAGGACAGACUUAUUACGAACAGAGCAAUUUUGAAAUUUAUGGACAAACAAGACUUAUAGCGCAGUUGGAAUAUCUCUCCUCUGGAAUGAACGUAGAAAAUAAUCUUGUUAUAUCUGGUAGGUUUAAGAACAGGUACAACUUGAUUAGCUACCCAGGGGCAGACUUGAAAUUUCUGCUCCUCAUGUCAAAGAAAGUCAAAGAAACUAUUUACAAUUUAAAAUUUGAUUGCAAUAGCUGGGAAUACAAAGGAUGCUCAGAAUAUUACCCCCUGAUGAAGAAGAAUAAAAAAGUUGCCACAGAUGAACAUUACAAUACAAUUACGCUGAAUGGAAAAUAUUCCAAAAAGGAAUUAGAGGAAAUGUAUGAAUGUACGUUUAUGCAUGAUAAAACCUUCCAAGAGUUGAAUAAAAUGUUCCCUAAAGAAUGUACCUUCGGCUCCAGGAUAGGCAAUUGCCAUAGGAAAGUUAGAAAACAUAUUCCUUGCUACAAUGAGCAGUCAUGUAAAUAUUUAAUUUAUAUUUAUCAAAAUUUUUACAAGCCACAGAACCAUGUCAAUUUACUAAAUGAGCAUUUUAUAAAGGUAUCCGAAAAUUUAACCAAAAUGUCCAGACCUUACUACUUACAGUCCAUUUUAGCAUUAGAACAUGAUAUACAAAUUAAGAAGAGCAAAAAAAAAAACACACAGUAUGAAGACAUUGUCUUGUUCAUUUUGAAGAACUCCAUAUUUUACGUGUCCUGGGUUACAUCCAGUGAGUACUGGAAGAGAGCUGCGUACGUGCAGCAGACGAACACUUCCUUCGCGACGAUUAACCAAGUGGACGACUACAAAAAUAAGGAGAGGUUUUGCCCAGUUGCCUACGGGCAUGAGUUCAUAGGGCACAUGCUCGUGCAGUACAUGAAGUUUCCUAACGAUUUGUGA